AUGUCCACCUCUGCAAAAUGGCUGCAAAAUGCAGCAAAAAUCAACGCCAUCAAAGUGAAGUAUGUGGCUUGUCCCAACCAAGAAGUCGGAGUAAUAGUUGCUAAGGUGAAUCCUGCUGAUCUCAAAACGAUCGGUGUGGUGAGCAGCUCCAGUGGGACCGAUACCUCCGGUGAGAAGAGGAUUCUCCCCACAUUCAACUCCACCAUUACUGCCUUAGGGCUUUUCCGAUCCCUUUUCAAGAGAGGAUUCAAGGAAACAGUGCUUGCAUUUGCUGAAAAUGAAGAUGCUAAGUGGAACAGACCUAAGGGGUGUGGAUUCACAGAAGUGGAACAGCGAACCCUUCAAGAGUGCAGAAGAUUGUUAGAGAAGCGGGUUAAGCCAGACUUGAGCACCCAACUGGGACCAAGACCGACGGCUCCACCCGUCAUCAAGAGCCGCUCCGGCACCGGAGGCGAGGAUGCUAAGAAACCAGAGAAUGGCAAUGGACGUGAGAAUGGAGUUGUUGCCAAACCCAGCCUGGAAGGAGCUAACGGUGGCGGCGGCGGCGGUCAUAAUGGAAAGCAUUCUGGAGGUGGCAAUGGUAGUAAUGGAAAGCAUUCUGAAGGUGGCACUGGUGGGAAGCCAGAUGGUGGAGUUGCUGGUGAUGAAGGAGGAAACGGUGCUGUUGCAACGGAGGGGGCUGGAGAAGGUGGAAUUCUUGAGAAGCUUCUGGAAAAGCUUCAUGAUAUAUUUGGUUAA